AUGCGCGGUCUGAUCUCGUUGCUCGUCUGCCUAGCCAGCCAGCUUGGUGCUGUGGCUGCUGCCACUUUGACUGAUGUGUGUCCCGUCGGCUUUUGUACUCUCAACGGCGGUACUUCUGGAGGUAAGGGUGGAGCCACUGUCACCGUGUCAACCCUCGAAGCCCUCGAGAGCGCCGUCACUGGCAACGAUCCUCGCAUUGUAGUCGUCUCUGGCACCAUUUCCGGCGCGAAGAAGAUCUUCGUCGGAUCCAACAAGUCGAUCAUAGGCCGCAAUGGUAAGAUUGUUGGCAUUGGUCUCUCCGUCGUGAACGCGACCAACGUCAUCAUCCGUAACACAGUGCACCAGUAUGUGCUUGCGACAUACGAGGAUGCAAUUACGAUCAAGUACUCCACGAAUGUAUGGGUCGACCACGUAGACUUGAGUAACGAUAGAGACCACGACAAAGACUUUUAUGAUGGACUCGUCGACGUGACUCGAGCUUCGGACUUCGUCACCAUCUCCAAUAGCUACUUGCACGACCACUGGAAGGGCUCCCUGGUCGGCCAUUCCGACAACAACCAAGCCGAGGAUAGUGGCCAUCUGCGCGUGACAUACGCCAACAACCACUUUUUCAAUCUCUACAGCCGUGGUCCUAUGUUCAGAAUCGGUACUGGCCACCUUUUCAACAACUACUGGAACCAAAUGGAUGAUGGGGUGCGUACGCGUGCUGGUGCUCAAUUACUCAUCGAAUCAUGUGUGUUCGAGAAUACGAAUGACGACAUCAUUGCAAAGAAUGGGUAUGCUGUGGUGAGAGAUGUUGAUCUGGGCAUUGGCACAAACGAAUCGCCAGCUGGUACGUUGACAAGCGUGCCGUAUACGUACACGCUGUUGGGAUCCGCGAAUGUCAAGGCAGCAGUCGUGGGUGUUGCUGGCGCAACGUUGACAUUAUGAUCAAUCAUACAGACAACCUUGAAGCAAGAACACGGCGGUGUAUGAUCAUGAUUACGAAUUGUGUC